UGGCCACUGCCAUUUCCUUGACGACUCGUCUGAUUCUUGGCCGCCUGUUUCGUAACCAAGCUCAGACAACCACUGCCGUCCAACUGCCGUGCAACUUGACAACCACUGGCUGGGCCUCCAACUUGCCUUUUUCCUCCUUCCAGUCCUCGCCAGCAUCACCGUCUCAGCCACUGGCUGAGCCUUUGAUCUUUUGAGCACAUAGUCUGCUUGACCCCUCGCCUCGACCGCCGCCCUGUUGCAUCCGUCAUCACUGGCAACCCUUGCCGCCGCUGCCAACAUGUACGAAACCCCUCUACCCAGAAUGCCCGUGCUGGGCCAUGAUCACCAUCACGGCGUGAUGCCCAAGACCUACGACCUGUUGCAUGCCAACACCACCAUGCAAGACAUUACUGAACCCGAGGCCAGCUCGAUGGCAUCGCACUCCCCCGUCAGCGAUUUUGAUGACGGCCGCGUUCCCGCCCUCUCCGACAGUGACGAUCUCGAUUCCGACGCCUCGCGGGAUUCCCACGUGCAUGUUCCCGCCAACGAGGCCAGCCAAUCCCCACUGGCAUUCCAACCCGCCAGCAAGCCGGCGACCUCCAACAUGACCCCCACCAACGCCAGCACGUCGUUGUCCUCGGCAGAUGCCAUCCGCAUUCAGCUCGCCCAUGAUCGGGCAUCGGCUACACCGCGUCGUCGAUUCCGCUUUGAUCCCAAACCCCUCAAGGCCCCGGAACGCCUUGAUUCUGGUGUCUCCUUUCUCGUCAUUGGCUCGGGUGCCAUUUCCCUCCCCACAUGCCGCAACUACAACAGUGUUCUCUUUCACCAGGUGGUGUCUGCCGCCGCGCCCGAGGCCCCAGCUGCCUCGGGUGAUGUGGUCAACGGCAACCGUCGUCGCACUCGCGUCAAGCGCCCCAACUAUGUAACCGACUACCACAGCGAUCACGAGGAUGAUGACAAUGACGAUGCUGAUGCCGCCGCUGCGUUUGUUCUCUCCUCGUCCAAGGCCAGUGCUGCGACUGGCGCCCCCAAGGCCGCUCGCGCUCAGCACAAGGUCCGCAGCAACGCCGUCUCGCCCCAGCCCAAGAAGGCCCACCGCAUGCCCGCCCACAACGGUCACCAACACAACGGCCACACGCAUGGUCCCAGCUCAUCGAGCACCACCGGAGGUGGCGUGCGUCGUACCAAGACGUGUGCGUGCUGCGGCACUUCCAACACCCCGUUGUGGCGUGACGUUCAGCCCGAUCUGCCUUUGUGCAACGCCUGUGGUAUCCGCUACAAGAAGUACAACAAGAUUUGCAGCUCGUGCCACUACGUCCCGUGCAAGUCAGAGCGCGACAACAAGGCCUGCAGUCGUUGUGGCGAUGUGUUGCACGCCAAGAACGCAACCGCAGCGCCCCCGCGCAAAUCGGACCAAGUCCUCGCUUUUACUGGCAACUCGGCAGUUGUCCUUGCUUGGAAGAAAACCAACGGUCUCACUGAGGCUGUGUUGGGGACCGGCUCAUCGCUCCCCACAACACGCACCACCACCACCACCCCCCGAGAAUCGUGCCACCGAACGCUGACGCUUCGAGUGACGACAUCAACACCAGCUCGGCCGUCGGCGCCGUGCCCCAGUUGCGACAUUUCCGUGGCCCCUCGACCAUUCCAACACCAUGAGCGAAAAGUCGCAUGCCUCGGCUGGUAUGUUGGCCGAGUUCGACAAGACAACGAUCGCGGAUCGAAUCCUCGUGCUCUUGGUCCCAUGCACCCAACAGGCCUCACACACCCAACUCAUCUGCUUUUGCUUUCCCCGCACUCCAUGACAGUGGCCAAGCGCCGCUCGGAACAGAUGGAAGCUCAGAAAGAAGCCCUGAAGCGCAAAAUGAAGGAAAAGGAGGAGCGUCUGAAGCAGAUGAAGGAGCGACGCAAAAGCUCCAUCUCCACCAAAAGCACGGCCCGCGCCGAUCCCGCCGGCCGCCUAAAACCUCGCAGUGCGCCAUCUGCGGCCGCAACGCGGCCUCCAACUGCAAAGGCCAAACCCUCGGCCUCGUCAGCCGCUAGCAAGUCGGCCAGCGCCAUUCCGCGCACCUCGCGCCAAACUUCAGCUGCCAGCUCCCCGCGCACGACUCGAACCACUGCGAGUGGUGCUACCACCACCACUACCAAGACUGGCACCAAAAAAACAGCGGGCGCCACCUCCAGCAAGUCUGGCACCAAAUCCCUGGGUACCAAGGCUGCAUCCAAAGCAUCGCCUAACAAGACCAGCCCGGCCAAAACAACCGGAUCGAAGACCGGCAGCAAAACCGUAUCUAAACGAGAUGCAACCACACGUUCCACCAAAGCAUCAGCCAAGCCCGCCCAUGAAGAAGAAGCAGAGCUUGACGAACAGGCACAGCUCGAGCCGGAGACGAAAACUGACGCCCGCGACGACGCCCCCUUAAUGCAAGUCUCAGAUGACGAAGGCAGUGAGCCCGGUGACCAUGACAGCGAGGAUCAUGAACAGGACCACGAUGCUCAGGACGACGCCAAUCAAGCGGACCAGGAUGACCACAGUGACGCCGGGGACGGCGCAGCAGAGGCACAUGCUGCUGAGGGUACCGAAGCAUCGCCUGCACCGGACACCGCCCAGCUUCCAUCACGCAAGGCCGUCGAUCGCUCUGCCCGCCGUCGCAUGCAGGCUGGAAGCGCCGAGGACGGCUCUGAUGUGGGCUCGGACGUCCCAGCGGUUGCACAGCCCAUGGAAGGUGAAUCAUGGGUCGAUGCCGCAAAGCGGGUGGAGAUUGAGCAGGCUGAGCAAGAACAGCGCCGCCUCGAAUUAAUUGAGGAGCAGGAGCGCGAGCGUCGCUUGGCCGAGGCUGAGCGUCGGGCGGCCGAGGAGGAAGCUGAGUUCCUACGCAAGGCUGAGGAAGCCCAGCGCUCAGCCACAAAGCGCGAAUUGCUGCGUCAACAAUCUGCAGAGCAGCGCCAGCAAUACCGCCGGGAGCUUGAGAAGCAAGCUUUGGAAGAGGUCGAGGCUAAAAAGUCUGAGGACCGCAAGAAGGCAGAACAGAAAAAGGCCGAGCGCUUGGCUCGUAAAGAAAAGCUAGCCAGCCUUCGCGCUCGUGUGAUGACAGCCCGCACGGGCACAUCUAGCCCUCGCCGCAUGUCCCCAGCUUUGGUCGAGAGUGGAGCUGAACCCACCAACCUGGAACUUUCCGGCGAUAGCGACAAGACCGCCGCUGUUGCCUCUCCAUCCACCAUCGCUCGCCCUCAGCCCCGAUCAGGGUCUGCUGCCUCUGCUGCCUCAGGCUUUAAGCCUGAGGCCCAUGCAAACAAUGAGUCCCAGGCGGCAUUCGAAGCUGACGCGAAGCCCGAAGCUGCUGAAGUUGAAGCGACUGAGCCCGAAGCGACUGAGCCCGAAGCGGAGCUUGAAGCGGAGCCCGAAGCGGAGCCCGAAGCGGAGCUCGAAGCGGAACCUGAAGCGACUGAGCCUGAAGCAAAGCCUGAAGCGACUGAGCCUGAAGCAGAGCCUGAAGCGACUGAGCCUGAAGCGACUGGGCCUGCAGCGACUGAGGUUGAAGCGACUGAGCCUGAAGCGACUGAGGUUGAAGCAACGGAACCCGAAGCUACUGAGCCCGAAGCGGAGCCUGAAGUGGAUCCCCAAACGACUGAGCCCGAAGCGACUGAGCCUGAAGCUGCUGAACCUGAAGCUGCUGAACCUGAAGCUGCUGAGCCCGAAGCGACUGAGCCUGAAGCGACUGAGCCUGAAGCGACUGAGCCUGAAGCUGCUGAGCCUGAAGCGACUGAGCCUGAAGCAACUGAGCCCGAAGCAACUGAGCCCGAAGCAACUGAGCCCGAAGCAACUGAGCCCGAAGCAACCGAGCCCGAAGCAACCGAGCCCGAAGCGACUGAGCCCGAAGCGACUGAGCCCGAAGCGACUGAGCCCGAAGCGACUGAGCCCGAAGCGACUGAGCCCGAAGCAACUGAGCCCGAAGCAACUGAGCCCGAAGCAACUGAGUCUGAGUUUGAACCUAAAGCCGAGGCUCAAGUUGCACCCAAUUUCGAGUCCAACUCUGAGGCUGACGGGGCUGAACCAAAACUUGUGGUGCCUGAACCUACGGCUGAAGCUCAAGUUGCUGCUGAAGACCAACCUGACGCCGAGCCUGAACCCAACGUGGCUGAGGCUGUGCCUGGACCUUCAUCUGAAGUUGCUGCUGAGCCUGAGGUCGAGGCUGAGCCCGAACCUGCGAAUGUGCAGGAAACGGUGACCGAACCCGAUUCCCAAUCACACGCGGUACAGCAAGCUGUGGGUGAAGGCGAACUCGAGGCAGAAGCUGAUGUGACAGAUGAUACCAAGAUGGACCACGACCUAGAGACGGAGCUCAGGAAAGAGACAACCUCCAGUGUCGACGAAAAUACUGCGCCCGCGACGACAAGAGUAAGCACGAAUCCCUUUGCUUCAAGUCGCUCUCAAGAAGCCGUGGUCACGCCUGCAGUGACGACAGGAGUAAGCACAAAUCCCUUUGCUUCAAGUCGCUCUCAAGAAGCCGUGGUCACGCCUGCAAAGACGCAGACUCCGACUUCGCCCUCUCGUCCUAUUCGGCGCAGUAUCCCAGCAUCCACUCCAAACGUCGCUUGGGAAGAUAUUGAGGCACAACUGCGGCAAUCCGUAUCAACGCUGCGCGUGCCCCACGAAAAGUGGCAUUCCGUCGAUUCAGCCUUGCAACAGGCCCUUGCCAGCAACUAA